CUCAAACAACCCAAAAAUCGGAGCAACAGAAAAGGCAGAAGAGCCUGUACAGCAUUCGGCAAGAAAAUUGAACGGAAAUCUACGUGCAAAGAAAGGACACGGCAGGCAACAGUGCGUUCGGCUAGCGGAAAAUCUAAUCACCGGUGAGCAGUGAUUCUCACACGACGACGGUUGGCUGGAUUUGCGAAACGACCUAACGAUGGCCAAAGCGGACUCGAUACAGAAUGGACUGAAAACAGAGCCGACCGAUGAUGUGGAAAAAUCGCUCGAACUGCUCGACAAGGUCCUGUCGGAGUUCGAGGAGGAACCGGACCGUAUGAACCAUCACCACCACCUUCACCAUCAUCACCACCAUCACCAUCCGGCGGUCGAACCGGAUAGCCCAUCGCAGGGCCACCAGUCCGAGGACGAUGGCUACAUGAGCAUGAACGGAAGAAGGGCAAAAUUUGUACCUGAUUUUCAACCAACAGACGAAGCGAUUGCAACCUCGCCGCUGCAGCAGCCAGCAGAGCAUCAACAACCGCCCGAACAGGAACCAUCACAUUACGAACCACAGCAACGACAGCAGCACUCCCUGCCGUCGGACGAAACGUAUUCACCGCCUUCGCCCGAGGAAGCGGAACGAAUAAUUUCCAAUUUGCUGCCAAGAAUUUCACCGACAACAUCGCCAAAGCGACGGCUAGCGACGGAGAAUGGCCAGACCGAGUGGCGAAACCGAAGCCAAUCGAUCCGCACCUCGGACGCGAUCAGCAUCGGCGACAGUGACAAUUCGAGCGACAACAAACCGUCCUCGCGCGAGGAAACCAUCAUCAGCAAGAGUCCAACCCAAACCACACUGCCAAAGACACGUCCACCCAACGCCAUGCCACAGCGCUACGCAAGUCUUCCAUGCUCCAGUCCACCCAAACUGCACGGAUCGUCCGGUCCAAAUGAUGCCGGAGGCGGAAGCCUCGACGGUGGUCGGAACAAGCUCGGCAUCGGAAUCAGCGCCGUGCACGAUGCGGUCCUCCGAGGGAUGGCCCGACUGCCUGAGCCAAUCCUGAACGAACACCCGGUCACGAUCUAUCCGGGCCGUGCCUCGCCAAGCCGCCGCAUGCCACCGAGGACACUGUCCGGGUCGAUCGAACGGCACCGGGAUGUGUGCCGGGGCGCCUACCCCGGAUCGGACAACUCCACGUCGACGUCGCAGGAGAACUCGUCGCCGGAGAACAACGAGUCGGAGUACAACGAAUCAUCGCUCUCGCCAGCCCACGGUCACCUGCACCAGCUGGGGCUCCACCCGGUGCCGGCAGCCCCGGCGGUAGCCGCGGCCAUCACCAGCCGGAUAUUCCACACCGCUCACGGCCCACCACCCUCCUCCAACCAACACUACCCGCUACCCCGAGGCCAGCGCGCAUCGGGCUCAGCGGGAGCUGCCAGCAGAACGUCGCGCCAUGACAGCGAUGACGAACGGUUUUCCGACGAUUCGCUCGAGGAAUCGUCGUUGCCCCCGCCGCCAGGACCUCCGACCGUGCCACCGCCACCCUCGCUGUCGGCGCCCGUCACACCCAGCAAGCGGCACAGCAUCGCCUGGGAGGUGAACCUGGACGAUCCGGCCAGCUUCGGCGAUCCGCUCGUGAUGCCAGCAGCGAAACCCGCCGCAGCCGCCAGUGCCAAGGUUAUUGGUCGACGGAAAGCCGCCGCGAAAACGGUGAAUAGCUCGCAGUCGAGCCUGGAGUCAACGCCGAGCAACGCCGUGAAAAGCGAAUCGAACGAGUGGCCCGCCCCACCGGACAUACCGAUAUGCAGCACCGAGGACGAAGCGGCCUCCAUCUACUCCGACUCUGACGACCUCAUUCCACAAAUCCCGGACGUUAGCGGACGCGGAACGUACGUUAUCCGAAAAGGACGCCGGCAGCGUCAACGGCUCACGAGCCUCGAGUCGGAAGCGGCGACCAAUAGUAACAGUGGCCUACUCGUGGCCACUGACAGCCGCGAACCGCACAAGCAGCAGCCAGUAGCACGUGCCGCGGUGAUCGGUGACGAUCACAUACUCGGCCUACCGAGUCCCGUUUUUCCCGCCUCCCUGAUGACACCGAAAUCGCGGCACAGCAUCGAUCUCGGCCUGUCGUCGUCGUCCUCGAAAGCUGCCGGCGUGUCGCUCAUCAAACCAUCCCAAUCGGCACCGCAAAAGCUACCCAACUCCGUUCUUUCUCCAAGGUCACGUUUAUCAUUAGACUUAAGUUCACCUACUACCUCAGAGCUUUCAGCUAAUGUUAUCAAAAUCACCACCCCGACCGGCAACUAUCCUUCUCCCGGCGCGUCCGCGCACCACCCAGUGUCGCACGGGCACGUUUCGUCGCCGCUCGGACCACCGACCACGGUUCCCGGUAUGCCGUCGCUUCACCAUGGCUCGAGUCUCAACGGGAUCACGGUUAACGGGGCCAUUGCGAGCGCAGGCAACGGCCACAGCAACAACGGCAGUCUGAGCAAGAGCAAACCGACCGCCAACGUGAGCAGCACGUGCAUUGUUAACGUGGCACCCGGCUCAUCCGGCGCCAAUCAACCCCAAUCAUCCGCACCGCAGCCGAUCGUUUCGGCGCGCUACACCGAGUUCAAGACCUACAGUUCCACGUUCGACGCGCUGCAAGCGCUCGAAAGCACGGCGAACGGUGCCAACGGUGGCCUCCAGAACGGCUGCGGUCCCAGCGGUGGCUCGGUGAACAGCGUCUCCGGAUGUCCGAACGGAUCGGACAACCCGUUGCUGCGCGUUUCGUCACUACCGACCAUGGGACCUCCACUGCCGACAUCCGCCACAGCCGACGGCCUGUCGACGCCGCGUCGCGAACUGGCGCCCCCGAUCGAGGAGGACGAGGAGGUGGACAGCGACACGCAACGUGGUGUCCCGCUGCGUAAGAUCGAGGAUAACAUUAGUGCUUUACUACGUGGUGAUAUAUCCGUUGCUAGAGUAGCCGACAUACCUCCAGCAAGACGUCCACUAGGUUUUCGUCUAGGUGUUCAUAAAUCAGAAAGUGCCAAAGAAAUGCUUCUCUCCCAGGCAGGCCUCGGACCGCUGCCACCAUCGCCACCAUCUACCAGCCCGGAACCGCAGGACAGUGAUGAGUUCCCACCCUUACCGCCAUCACCGACGGAAGAGCCGGAGAUCCUGCACCAGAUGCACGGUAUACGUAUCAGCUCGCGCACCCGACCGAACGGGAGCAACAAUGGCACCGGCAAACACGACUCCGCGCUCCACGGCUAUCGGGACGAGCAUCCGCCGGCGAUUCCGCCCCAUCGUGGACCCUCGAUAAAUACGCUUAAAACAAGAUCGAUGGACGCCGGGUUUAGUAAAUCGUACCGAAACGGUUCGUUCGGUUCCUCGACGUCCCCGCACGCCCCCGGCACACUUCCUCCCGAUUUGCCCGGAUGCAACUCGCGACGAAGGGUCAUCACCGGUGGCUACCAGAAGCGUACGGCGCAGAGUCCACGCGAAGAGCGAUCGCUGCAAACAUCCUGCAGUCUACCGGAGACACCCAUUUUCGCCCGAGGCUGUGACAUACCGCGGACACCGCAUCGGCGGGCGCCUGAAGUUCCGCCACACGGCAGCGGCAGCCGGACCGCCCCAAGAACCAACUCCACCACCGGCAGUCUAGGAUCGUCCGUCGUCGGUAUCAGUGCGUCGACCACGAUCGGCAAUCGGCAGCGUAGCAUCAGCCAGGCGCUGGCCAACGGGGAGAUGCUGCGGUUGGCCGGCGGGCCCGCCCGGGGCUGGUAUCCGAAGCAGCGUAACCCGCGACCGGCCUCGACCGAGAACCUGGACCGGCUGCACCCGCAGGGAUCGCUGCGCGCCUGGGAAGCAGCGGGUACGGGUAGCCGCAAACCGCUCACCCUACCACCAAAUCUCACACCCAAAUUUUUCAACAAGUCACCGCGUGAAGCGCUGCGCCGCGUCACUAGUUUGCUCAUUCGCAAAGGAAACUCCGGAACAAAGGAAAAGGAAUCGAAAAAGGAAAGGGAACAACACCACCAUCAGCAUCCGCAGCAGCAGCAGCACCAACAGCAGCAUCACCGUGAUUCGUCAUCUGGCUUCCUGCAACGAUCACCCGGUUCCGAUGGGGCCGAUUCGCGUAACUUUCCGCAACCAUCAUCGCAGCACACGACCCCCACGACGCAGAAGAAGAAGGGUUUCUUCAAGAGCUUCUGGAAAAAGUCCCGCCACUACUCGCUCGAGAAGCAGUAAGCAGCAGGAGAGAGAGUCCGCGCCCGGCCGGCCAGUCGGCUGUGGGCGUCCGAAUGGCCUAAUGCGCGCGUGUAGCAGCAGCCGAGCGCGGAGAAGCGCUACCGCGGGGAACCCAGGGGGUAGGUUCGCACACAAAAUAAUCUCUGCCCAAUUAUUUAGCCCCACCGCGGCAGCGGCAGCAGGCAAGGCAGACAAUAUCUAGAAGGCUACCGGCACUGCGUACGCCAGCCGGAACCUCGAGUCCGACACCACCGUGUACCGGGCGGUAGGCAAAUUUGGGGAAAAGUCUGUCGAAACGAGCGAAUCCCCUCGGCAGGAGAACAUCACAAUGGUCACACAAAAAAAGGGGAAACAAUUUUAAGGAAUCUACAAACCAAGCCCGAGAAGCCCGGGAUGGCCGGGAAAUGCCACCGUGGACUGUUUUUACAAGGCGAAAGUUCCAUACCCCGUUCCCGGACCUGUUAUCAUCGGAUCCGGGCGAAUCAUUAACCAUCCUUCCUCUGAGCUUAGAACAACGCAUACAGCUACCGUUUUUUUUUGUUUCUAUGGAAACCGCAUCGCAGUUGAUUUCGUCGGGCGGUCGAUAGAGAGGUUCAGUCC